CAGCGCACGCGCAACCAGCCGGCCAGCCUGGCGCUCCGCAAGCAGGAGGAGGAGGACAACAAGCGCUGCAGGGCACUCUCUGACAGCUAUGAGCUCUCCACCGACCUGCAGGAUAAGAAGGUGGAGAUGCUGGAGAGGAAGUACGGGGGGUACUUCCUGAGCCGGCGGGCGGCGCGCACCAUCCAGACGGCCUUCCGGCAGUACCGCAUGAACAAGAACUUCGAGCGCCUGCGCAGCUCUGCGUCCGAGAGCCGCAUGACCAGGCGCAUCAUCCUGUCCAGCAUGCGGCUGCAGCACUCCUUCGACGAGCGGCAGCCCCACUACACUCUCUCCCAGAGCAGCACCCAGGAGCUGGAGCCGGCCUCCCCGCCCAACGCGCAGGGAGACCCGGCCGAGCGCUACCCCCGCCUGGAGGACUCCUUCUCUAAGCAGGUGCGAUUGGCUGACUCCAUGGACGAAUCGCUGAGCUGCGUGGCGGCCAACCCGUCGUCUCGCCGAGGAGGGGGGGGGCGGGAGCGGGGCGGGGGCCGGGGCCUGGGGGCCCACGGGGACAGCACGGCCACCUCCUACAGUGACGUGACGCUCUACAUGGACGACGGCCUGCCCUGCUCGCCCCUGUCCCUGGACCGGGCCCCCAGCAGCACCGACACCGAGUACUGGGGCCUGGGGGGCGCGGGGGGGCGUGAGGACAGCCGGGACACGGAGGGCGGCGGCAGCAGCAACAGCCGCCGGAGCACGCCCUGCACGGAGUGCCGGGACUACCGCCUGCGCGCCGCCCACCUGCCCCUGCUCACCAUCGAGCCGCCCAGCGACAGCUCCGUGGACAUGAGCGACCGCUCCGACCGCGGCUCCCUCAGCCGGGGCGCGCUCGUCUACGAGCAGGAGGGAGCGGGAGGCUCGCAGGGCGCCGUCAAACACACGCCGCCCACCGCCCAGGGCCAGACGCGCCCCAUGGGCCGGGCCCUGCCGUCCGCCAUCCCCGCCCACAUCCCGCACCACGUGCACCACCACAUCCACCACCACCCCCACCACCACCCGCUGCACCAUCACCACAGCCUGGAGCAGCCCUGCUGCUCGGACGGAGACAACGACUCGCUCAACUCCACCACCAACUCCAACGACACCAUCAACUGCAGCUCGUCCUCCCGAGACAGCCUGCGGGAGCCCCUCCCCCCGCUGGGCAAGCAGACCUAUCAGAGAGAGAGCCGGCACAGCUGGGACUCGCCCGCCUUCAACAACGACGUCGUCCAGAGGAGGCAGUAUCGCAUCGGACUCAACCUCUUCAACAAGAAGCCAGAGAAGGGGAUCCAGUACCUGAUUGAGCGGGGCUUCGUGUCGGACACGCCCGUGGGCGUGGCCCGCUUCAUGCUGGAGAGGAAGGGGUUGAGCCGCAUGAUGAUCGGAGAGUUCCUGGGCUGCCGGCAGAAGCAGUUCAACAAAGACGUGCUGGACUGUGUUCUGGACGAGAUGGAUUUCUCAGGGAUGGAUCUGGACGAUGCACUGCGGAAGUUUCAGGCUCAGAUCAAAGUCCAAGGAGAGGCUCAGAAAGUAGAGAGACUCGUAGAGGCUUUCAGUCAGAGGUACUGUGUGUGCAACCCAGUGCUGGUCAGACAGUUCCAGAACCCCGACACCAUCUUCAUCUUGGCCUUCGCCAUCAUCCUCCUCAAUACAGACAUGUACAGCCCCAACGUCAAAGCUGAGAGGAAGAUGAAGCUCGAAGACUUCAUCAAGAACCUGAGAGGGGUGGAUAACGGUCAGGACAUCCCGCGGGAGCUGCUGGUGGGGAUUUACCAGCGCAUUCAGAAGUGGGAGCUGAGAACCAAUGAUGACCACGUGUCCCAGGUGCAGGCGGUGGAGAGGGUCAUCGUGGGGAAGAAACCAGUGCUGUCUCUGCCACACCGCCGGUUGGUGUGCUGCUGUCAGCUUUACGAGGUGCCUGACCCCAGCCGACCCCAGAGAAGCGGCGUGCACCAGCGAGAGGUGUUCCUCUUCAAUGACCUGCUGGUGGUAACUAAAAUCUUCCAGAAGAAGAAGAACUCAGUGACGUAUAGCUUCCGGCAGUCAUUUCCUCUGGUGGAGAUGCAGGUUCACAUGUUCCAGAACUCAUACUACCCCCACGGCGUGCGGCUGACGUCGGCGGUGCCCGGCGGGGAGAGGAAGGUGCUGAUCGUCUUCAACGCACCCAGUCAGCAGGACCGCAGCCGCUUCACCACGGACCUGCGCGAGAGCGUGGCCGAGGUGCAGGAGAUGGAGAAGUACCGGGUGGAGUCUGAGCUGGAGAAGCAGAAGGGGGUGAUGAGACCCGGCCUGCUGAGCGGCGGGGUCGGAGGGGUGAAGACAGAGGCAGUGAACGGCAUUCUGGGAAGGCCCAGUCUGGACGACACCUACACCGCUGGAGAAGGACUGAAACGAACUGCCCUGAGUUCAUCCCUGAGGGACCUCACUGAGACAGGAAAACGGGGUCGCAGGAACAGCGUUGGAUCCUUGGAUAGCACCAUCGAAGGAUCCAUCAUCAGCAGCCCGCGCCCUCACCAGCGCCUCCCCAUGGCCGGGGUGGUGUCUGGCCCGUAUGGUGCUGAAGACUUCCGGCCUCACCGCCCCAUCCUGAGCCCCGGAGUGGGGGUGGGGGGUGGGCCGGGGCAACAGCACAGCCCUGCGGGGCCAGUGGGAGCGGGCGCGGGAGGGGGCGCGGGUGGGCCAGCCUGCAGUGGCGAGAGAGGGGCCCCGGGGAGUGGGGGGGGCGGGACUGGAUCCUUCCUGGGGUCUCUGUUCGGCACCAAACGCUCAAAAGCGCCAGGACCUAUCAUCCCCCCAGGGCCACCCUACCCCGCCCCUGUGCCCCCUCCCACCACCGGAGGGCCACCCCCACAUUCCCCCUCCUCUCUGAACCCGUCCGAGGCAGGAGGGCCGUCCAAGAUCCAGGCGCUGCACGCACAGUACUGCCACGCCAGCGGCGGCCAGGCCCCGCCCCCCUACCACCACCAUCAUCGCUACCACGUGCAGACCGUGCCGCCGCCCAACCACGCGUCCUCCGCCCAGCCGCCCACCCACCACACCCUGCACAGAGGCUCUCUGCCUCGGCGCCCCCCGCCCGGCCCCACCCACGCGCAGCUGGCGCAGAUGCAGUCCCAGCAUGCUUUGCAGGCUCGCUACGGCAACAUGGCGCACGGCAUGGGCUGCCCGCCUCUCUCCCCCGCCUCUCCGCAUCCUCUCUACCACACCCAGCCCCCGCAUUCCGCCCGGGGCGGCCCUGCGAACAAGCUGCCCCUCACGCAGGCUCUCUCCCACCCCGGACACACGCACACGCACCCCGGGCACACGCACACGCCCCACCCUUCCUCUUCCCACAACGUGCACCAGCCUCACUUCGUCUUCAACACGCCCCUGCUGCCUUCCGCCCGCCACCUGCCCCUAGGCAACCAGUACAUGCCCCAAUACCCCCCGCUGUCUUCUAUCCCCCCUCCCCCCCCGCACUCCCCUUUACCCCCCCCUUCCGCCCCCCUUACCCCCCUUACCCCUCUGUCCCCUCAUCCCCCACAGCACCCAGGGCAGGUGCAGCAGGGAGGAGCUCAGGCAGGCCCGGGGCCCGGGGCCGGGGCAGGGGCCACCGGCACAGGAGGCAGCGGCAAGUCCAAGCCUAUCAACCGCAUCAGCACGGUGGUCUGA